AUGGAUGAAGCUAAAUUGCGAUGGAACAAACUGAAAGCAAAACUUAAGGAGUUACAGGAACUUAACGCCGUUGAGAAUACAGGUGAUGCUCCAAUAUGUUUAGAAAAGCUACAAAAAUCAAUCGAAGACGAUGGAAAAUCCAAAAUAACACCGAUUAAAAAUACACAACAUUUAAAAAUAAAAGUUAAUAGUUUAAAAACUGAAACGAAUAAGCAAACUUUUAAUAAUCAUUAUGCACUGCAGAGUAAAAUUAACAGUCACAAUAACGUGUUGAAAUCAGAAGUAAAUAAUAGAUGCGUUAAAAAUGUUAAUUUAUCGAAUACCAACGACAUCGAGCCAUUGAAGAUCGAAAUGGAAAAAAUGUACAAUUAUAUGGAACAGUUAAAUGACAAAUUAAAAACAGUCACGGCGGAGUUGUCAAAUGAGAAAAGUAGUAUUGUGUUAAUGAAUUCGGCUACGGCUGCUUUGGCUUUGGAUAACCUGGUCUAUCAGAAUCUCGAAUUGGAACAGAAAAUACGAGAAGGAUUUUCCUACAAAGAAAAACUAGAUACCGCAACUAUGGAAUUAGAAAAUGUUAUCAUUGAAAAAAAUGACCUUCUAAAACGUUUGGAAGAAUCGGAGGUCGCGUUAGCUAGUGCGAAUGAAAAGAUUCAGGUCCUAUCAGAAAGAUCAGAUGACUUUGAAUAUGCUGAAAAAAUUAAGGAAAUAGAAGAUGAGCGUUUAGGAUGGAAUGCAUAUCAAUUACAACUGGAGAAUCAAAUCUCCGAAAAUAAUAAAGCCCUGAGCCGCAAAGAAGAGUACAUCAAUCAUCAAGAGUACAUGAUCGAAAAUUUGACUCAAGAAAAACAGAAUUUGGAAAUACGGUUGAACAAGCCUGUGUUAGAAUUAAAAUAUCAUCAAUCGGAAGAAAUAGAAAAUUAUCAAAACAAAAUAAAACAACUGUCAGAAACCAUAUCAGACACGAAGAACUUGUUGGUAACAAAUAAAAAAUCGCAUGAGAUAGAAGUAUCGGAAAUGAGGGAUCGUAUUAGAGAACUGGAGAAAUUAGUAGGUACAAAAACCGAUUUAAUUCAUCAACAAAAUAUGACAUUAAACUUGAUGAGGGAAAUAACUCCGGCAACGAACGAUAAUUUGAUAAUGAAACGAAGAUGGCCCUAAGAAACUUAUGGCGACUAUUAUGAAUUAUAAUAAUUUAAAUCACUAUAAUUUGUAUUUUUGUUAAACAAAUACAUUGUGUUAUAUCUGGCGAGAUGCGAAGAGAGACAUAAUUUUGUCUCCAUUAUGAUUAUAUUUAUUGUAUUUUAUUUAUAGAUGUAAUUAAGUUUCCAUCCCGGUAUGGACCAUAAAUAAUAUUAUCAACAUGAAGUAAUUUGUCUCUUACCAGUAUGAUUUCGAACGCGGAAUCGGAUCGAUUUAUCACUGACAUUAACACGUUUGGAGUAGGAAAAAAACUAUGGCUCAAUCAUCCAUUGACAAACGUAUAACACAAUGACUGCGAAAUGUGUGCCCUGGGCAACGGAAACAAAGCCUAUCACCUAUAUCCUGUGUUCUUAAGCUACAUUUCCCCUGAUGAUUGAUGAAGUUGCUUGAAAUCGAUCUUAUAAAAACUUUUAUGAACGAAAAUAUCGAUAGAUCUUAAGAUGCUGAUCUCAUUCCUGAACGGUUCCAGUAUAUACAGCGGUAGUGAUAACAUGCUUAUCAUUGUCACCCGUCUCGCUCAGAUACUCGUUUCAACCAACAAAACAUUUUACCCAUUAUAAAAUAAACCAGGGGAAUUUAUAAUCAUUGGUACAAGCAUUGAUACUUAUAUAGUUGAAGUCGUUUAAUAUUAUUACCAGGUUCGGUUGUAGAUAUGUUGCUAAACUUGCUUCGAUUUUAAUAGACGAAGAACUUUAUCUGAAGAAAGUUUUGAAAUAUCAAUUUCUCUUUGGUCUGUUAAAUGUGUCAUAACUUCCCACUGUUUUAUGAUAUCUUCAUAACUGAACCGACUAUCUAUAUCAUAUUAUAUCGAUAAACAAAAUAAUGGAACAGAAUCGUCAGUACAUUUGGCAGUUGUACAUUCUUCAAAAUUUGUUGGUACUCAUAAAUUAAAAUGCUUUACCAUUGAUUUAACUGUUAGGGUAAUACAUAAUAUAUCUUUUUGAGGGCAUCCAUUUUUUAAAGGAAGAACAAAUCCGACUAAUUUGUUGGAAUGUUCUUCGUAACAAAUUUUUCCUGUGUUUCUUGUGAAAUCAUCAUUGAUGGAGUCCAAAAAUUAUUUAUUCAUAAUGAAUAUCAGCGAAAAUUUUGCUAGAAAACACACAAUAAAAUUUUGCUUAGCCAUAAAAACUUACCAGCAAAGCAAAAUGUACGCAUUACGUUGAAAUAAAUUAAUUAUCAUAAUGUCUACAUGAAUCAGCUUUAAGAAAUCAA